CUAACACUGACAAUGGAGUCACAGUUAACCAUGCCUAACUUAAAUCCUUUUGGGUCCUUUCCGGCUACCUCCUGAACGUACUGCUAUAUAAACCCCUUCCUGCAUUGCAGGGUUUGGCCAAGCACCAGCUAAGCUAGCUAGGUCACAUGACAUGAGCUAAAGACGACGACACACUAGCAUUGCACACACAAGACACACUAACUACAUAGCUAAAUACACUAGCAUACCCCCCCAAAAAAAUAUGUCCGCGUCACGGUUCCUCCUCGCCGUCCUCGUCGUGGGCAGCGCCGUACUGUGCACCGCCGCCGCUCCCCGCGCGCUCGCGGCGGCCGCCGCCGCGAUGGCGUCGCGGCACGAGAAGUGGAUGGCGGAGCACGGGCGCGCGUACAAGGAUGAGGCCGAGAAGGCGCGGCGGCUGGAGGUGUUCCGGGCCAACGCGGAGCUGAUCGACUCGUUCAACGCCGCAGGGACGCACAGCCACCGGCUGGCGACCAACAGGUUCGCCGACCUCACCGUCGAGGAGUUCCGCGCGGCCAGGACCGGGCUCCGGCCGCGCCCGGCGCCGUCCGCGGGCGCCGGCCGGUUCAGGUACGAGAACUUCAGCCUGGCGGACGCGGCGCAGAGCGUGGACUGGCGGGCCAUGGGUGCCGUCACCGGCGUCAAGGACCAGGGAGCGUGCGCCAUGCACAACACGUCAACACACACGCACGCAGGCUGCUGCUGGGCGUUCUCGGCGGUGGCGGCGGUGGAAGGGCUGAACAAGAUCCGGACGGGGCGGCUGGUGUCGCUGUCGGAGCAGGAGCUGGUGGACUGUGACGUCAGCGGCGUGGACCAGGGCUGCGACGGCGGCCUCAUGGACAACGCCUUCCAGUUCGUCGCGCGCCGCGGCGGGCUGGCCUCGGAGUCGGGCUACCCGUACCAGGGCCGGGACGGGCCCUGCCGCUCGUCCGCCGCCGCCGCGCGGGCCGCGUCCAUCCGGGGCCACGAGGACGUGCCGCGCAACAACGAGGCCGCGCUCGCGGCCGCCGUGGCCAACCAGCCCGUGUCCGUGGCCAUCAACGGCGAGGACAUGGCGUUCCGCUUCUACGACAGCGGCGUGCUGGGCGGGGCCUGCGGCACGGACCUCAACCACGCCAUCACGGCCGUCGGGUACGGCACGGCGAACGACGGCACAAGGUACUGGCUGAUGAAGAACUCCUGGGGCGCGUCGUGGGGCGAGGGCGGAUACGUCCGGAUCCGCCGCGGCGUCCGCGGGGAGGGCGUCUGCGGUCUCGCCAAGCUGCCGUCCUACCCCGUCUAGAGCGCCGAUCGCGUCCACCAACGUAACCAUCGCACAGCAUACAGUACGCAUGAUGCUGUUACGUCAUCCAAGACAAGCGUGCUCGUGCAUGGCAUAUAUAUUUGACUCCUCCAUUUUUAAACAAGCGAACGAUAAAUAUUCGAGAAUGGAGAUAAUACUUAUUAUAAGAUUGUAUAUAGGCCCUGUUUGGGACAACUGCUGCUUGUUGAAAAAGCAGCUUAUCUGAUAAGCUGGUAAGAAGCAGCUUCUGCUUGUUGGCUGCUUUUAGUUCAUUUUGAGAAGCAGCUGAACUGAUAAGCUGCUGCAGAAGCUGACUGUUUGGCAGGACUUCAGCUUAAAUUUGUGAAGAAGCUGAAAAUAAGCUGUGCCAAACAGGGCCAUAAUCACAUGAUAGAUGGUUAUAUGUAUAGUGAUAUAGUCGAAAUCACGACCCACGCCAAGCACUAUGUAUUGUACUCCCAGCCAUAAGAAUGUCGCUGAGGUAUUAGUUGGACCUUUACGUGUGAUGGUCACGUGUAUUGUAAUGUACAGAUUGCCUUGAAUGCAACCAAUUUAGUGUAAACAAAUACAUUCA